ACUAACUAAAAGAACGUGUCUAAGAGAUGUGUCUUUUUAGAGAGGGACAUGUUAUGCCGUUAUGGUAGAAGACGUAUGCGUAAAUGAGAGAAGGAGAAGGGUAAUUCUGUCCACAUAAAAAAGAAACGAACUCCUUUCCUGUUUGCGUCGGCAGUUAAUGACCGUUGAGGCUGUUACCAGAAAAAAAAAAAAAAAAAGGGAGACCGUUAAGGCUUCCAGAAUUUCAAACGGUUAUAAAUGUCAACUCUAGCAACGAACAAACUCCUUUUCUAGUCCACUACCCCAGUUCCCAAUUCCUUUCCCUCUCUGUUUUCCCAACCUCUUGUGAAAAGAUUGCCCGGGAAAUGGAGGAAGCAAAUGAAGGAAUCGGAAUCAAAAUCUACAAUGCUGCACCCAACGAUGAGGCGAUUUCAUAUCCAGUAUCGCCGGAGGAGGCGGCGCCACCAGUAAAAGGACGUAAACGACGUGCAGUGGCAAAGGGAGUGCAGAAGACAAUAUCAAAGACAUCAAUGCUAGUGAAUUUCCUUCCCACAGGAACACUACUCACCUUCGAGAUGCUCUUACCUUCGGUGUCCGGUGAUGGUCUUUGUUCUCCUGUGAGUACAACCAUGAUCAAUGUCAUGUUGGGACUAUGUGCUCUCACUUGUUUCUUCUUCCACUUCACCGACAGUUUCCGAGGACCCGACGGGAAGGUAUAUUAUGGGUUUGUAACUCCAAAAGGGCUAGCAGUUUUCAAGUCGGAUCUUGGGGUGGAGGUGCCAAAGGACGAGCGAUUCAAAGUUGGGUUGACGGAUUUCGUGCAUGCCGUGAUGUCGGUGAUGGUGUUUGUAGCCAUAGCCU